AUGCACUUCAAGAUCCCAGUCCUUCUCGCCCUCGUCACUGCAGCAGCGGCUGAUUGGGGCUACGAUGCAUACACCGCCCACGGCUGCAAGGAUGCUGACGAUAUGAGCGCGCUUGUAGACGACGGAGAUGGAUCAGGAUGUGUGUCCCUUGGCACCGGAGCAACAUACCUUUCCUUGAAAGUUAUGACCCCCAAUAACAGGAAAGUGUCAGUUUACGAAGAUAGCAACUGCCAGUCUGUCUAUGGGGGGGUUACGACAGCGGACAACAAGGGGUGCUUUGAAGCGAGUGAUGCUGCCAACUCGCCUAAGCACAUCGGUUCGAUUUUUUUCGAUUAA